UAUACAUUCUCAUAGUGUUGGUUAAAAUGGCUACUCAUAAAAGAGCUAUUGUUAGUGUCAUUUUCGGUGUCUUAUUAGGUUUAAGCAUUUGUUCAUCAGCUAGAAAUCUUCUCAAUGAAGAAGAAGCUGGUGUCGGUGUAGCACAUGCUGGUGGUGAAGGGGGUUAUGGCGGUGGAGGAGCCUAUGGUGCUGGUGGAGGAACUGGUGGAGGAUAUGGUGCAGGUGGAGGAAGUGGUGCAGGGUAUGGUUCUGGUCAUGGUGCUGGCUAUGGUGCUGGAGGUGGACAUGGUGGUGGCGUUGUUGGUGGAGGAUCUCAAGGUGGAGGAUCUCAAAGUGGAGGUUACGGUGCCGGAAAUGGUAGAGGAGCUGGUGGUGGGGUUGUUGGUGGUGGAGGUAGUGGAAUAGGUGCUGGUGGGGCUCAUGGUGGUGGUUACGGUGUCGGAGGUGGCGGGGGAGCUGGAGGAGCUCAUAAUGGUGGUUAUGGUGCCGGAGGUGGUGGAGCUCAUGGUGGUGGUUACGGUGUCGGAGGUGGUGGAGCUCAAGGAGGAGGUUACGGUGCUGGAGGAGCUGGUGGAGCGCAUGGUGGUGGUUAUGGUGCCGGAGGUGGUGGUGGAGCUGGUGGAUCUCAAGGUGGUGGUUACGGAGCUGGAGGUGGUGGAGCUCACGGUGGUGGUUAUGGUGCUGGAGGUGGUGGCGGAGCUGGUGGAGCUCAUGGUGGUGGCUAUGGUGCUGGAGGUGGCGGAGCUCACGGUGGUGGUUACGGUGCUGGAGGUGGUGGAGCUCACGGUGCUGGUGGUUACGGUGAUGGAGGUGGUGGAGCUGGUUACGGUGGAGGUGAUGGUGGUUACUAAACAUAUUGCUGUGACCGGAAAAUAUAUAUUAUGAAUAAGAGUUUGAAUUGGAAGGAGGAGUUCUGAGAAGUUCUGAAAGAUACAUCAUUGGUAUAAUGUAUGUUUUACAACUUAUAUUCAGAAAGUGUAUCAUGAUGUUAUUUAUCUAGUUUGGAGAAACCGCUGUGUGCUUCUGUGAUACUGUUAUUAAUUCUGAACGUACCACCUAUUCAAUCAAAAUUCUACUGUUACGAUUGA